CCCACUAAGGAAUUUAUGACUGUGUUUUGGACUUUGUGUGUUUUUGAAGUGAAAAUGUUUGAAAACUAUCAAAAAGUAUUCAAAAAUGGUGCUUAAACUUUAAAAUGUAAAACAAUGUAUUGGGGUGACAGGCAUGGGUUUUUAAGGGAUGUUUUUAUUAAAGAAGGUUAUUUCACAUAUUUAAAUGUUUUAAAAGACAUUAAUGAAAUGUACAAUUAAACCACAAAGACAAUUUAAAAUGUUGUUAGAUUUUCUGAAACAAAAGUAUCAAACAAACGCAUUAACAUUAAGUAUAUUAAACAAUAGUUGUUAAAAGACAAAUGGGGUUUUAAAAAGCAAAAACGUUUCUAACAUUUACUUUUAAAGUUUUUUAACAAUAAAUAAUUCUUACGCCACUCCGUGAAACACGUCCUUUCUCUUCGUUGUCAAAUUCAGAAUAAAGUCAGAAUGGUGCGUGAAAACGCUCCCGAGUCUCCGCCCCCAACACGCCUCCAAACAUCAACGUCAUCCGCCCCUAACAGGCCCACCUCAAUGCCGAAAGAUAGAAUGUAUAUUUAAAAAAGGACGUUAAUUAAUUAAUUAAACAGAAGAUUUUAACAAAAGUAUCAAACAAACGCAUUAUCAUUAAGUAUAUUAAAUAGUGUUGUUAAAAGGCAAAUGACUUAAAAAGCAAAAACAUUCUUACGCUGUUCUGUGAAACACGUCCUUUCUCUGUGUUGUCAGAUGCAGAAUGAAGUCAGAACAGGGCGUGAAAACACUCUCGAGUCUCCGCCCCUAACACUCCUCCAAACAUCGACGUCAGACUCAUCCCUAACACGCCCGCCUCAAUGCCGAAAGAUAGAAUGAAAUUUUAAAAAAGGACAUUAAUUAAUUAAUUAAACAGAAGAUUUUAACAAAAAGUAUCAAACAAACGCACUAUCAUUAAUUAUAUUAAGUAGUGUUGUUAAAAGACAAAUAACUUAUAAAAAGCAAAAAACAUUUCUAACAAUAAAUAUUUCUUAUGCUGCUCUGUGAAACAGGUCCUUUCUCUGCGUUGUCAAAAGCAGAAUGAAAUCAGAACGGUGAGUGAAAACGCUCCCGAGUCUCCGCCCCUAACACACCUCCAAACAUCGACGUCAGACGCCUCCCUAACGCAUCGCCAACAUCGGCUGAGAGUGGAGGCGUGUAUUUAAAUGAUAAUAAAAUAACUCUUAUAAAUAAUAAUGUUUUAAUGGUCUUAGCUCACUACGAAUGUGUACAGGUCUAACACUUUAACGUAUCAAAGAUUUAUCUCACACACACACACACACACACACACACACACAUAGAUAAUUACAUAUAGAUAAUUAUUUUCCUAUUGAUGUCCCCGGAAUUGUUUUAUUGUAGGGGUGUCUGUUGAGUUCGCACAGAGGUUAAGGAAGGACAGGGUUCAGUGACCCCUGACAAGAUGCAAGACAUGAGAUCGGGGUUAAUAAAAUCAGUUAUCUAUCGAUACCCACACCCCCCAACCCACACACACACACACACACACAUACACACACGCGCGCUCGCGCGCAUGCACCUACGCACAUACAUACCUGCCCCCCCCCCCCGCCAAAAGAGGAGUCCUGGUGAUGUUUUGAGCGGGAUGCGGCCUAGAGUGUUUAUAAUACAGAUAAUGAUCGUACCAUGCAGCGUUAAGGAGAAGGCUGAAAGGAUCGUUUGAUCAUAAGAGCAUACGCUCUAAUGUGUAAAUGAGCAGCAAGUUUGAGCGGGAGAGGAUGCGUUUUUCUCAGCCUCAUGUAAUUUGAUGCAUCAAUUAAUAAAUAGUAGCGGUGUAACAUAUCAUAUUAUAAUAUUAUCAGAAAUGUCACGCUGGGAAUGGGGAGCCUACUCCUCUACAACAUGUAAAGAUAUAGAAUAGAACUACGGUAAGAGAUUUUACAAAAGGUUUAAGGUUUUUGACACAGUAGGUGACAACUCAGAAGACAACCCAAAACUUUAUAACCUUAUAUCAGAAACGCCCCUCAUUCCGGUUAGAUUUUUAAAAAAAUGCCAGAAAAAUGCCAUUUACAACAAAGAUUCGACAGGAGCUACCACAUCGCAUUAUCCAAUCGUCAUUGUUAGGAUGGCUGCUAAUAACAUCGGUGAGUACUCUGUUUUUAUAAGUAGAGCAUGCACAUACAUGUUUUGGACUAUCUUAAUUUCAAUGUUUUUUUUUUUUUAAUAUCAUAGAUGUGAAUGAAGAGGUUCUUUAUUUCGACGAAGGACUAGAUCUUAUUCUGGAUGAAAUAAUUGAUGAUGCAUUUCUUAGGAGUGCUGCGGUUCAUGAUGUCUUGCAAGAAGAAGUAGUGUCGAUUGAAUUCCCCGCCAGUGACUAUGAGCAGCCAAUCUCCAUCAGAGGCCCUGAAAACAACGCCUCCAGCAUACCUCCACCUCCUCCUCCCGAAAAAACAGUUGGCGAGAAGCGUUGUGACUCUGUCCCAACGCAUUCGCAACAGGGCACCGGCGUGAUUGCGUCUACCAGACCUGUGUCAGGGCACGGAGAAAAGCGACUCCGAGAGGUGUAAGGAGAACAAACAGUACCUUUACCUACACAAUACAACGGAGAUGGCGACGAUGCCAUCCCGUCCACAUCAGGAUGUGGGAGGAAGAGGCUUAGGGAGGUCUACGGAAGCGAACGUCCUCUGCCAAAAGAAGGAUGUUUAAGCACGUAGGAGGAUAUAGACCAAGAUUACGACGAGAGAGGUCUAACUUUAUACUUGGAAUCCCAGGAGGAGGCUUGCAACAAUUUCGAUUCUGACUUAAGCUCGGAUGAGGACGAUACAGGAUCUCUUUUUAACGAACAACAUCUGCCACAACUCAGCUAUUCUAUGAUGAACAAGAUCAACCGGAAUUUUAAACGAAUUUUGAAUUUAGCUUGUCUGCCUUUAUCAUAUCAAGAGGUCGAAGAGAUUGUACGCGCUUCACAGACCGAUGUGAUAUCCAUCCUACAGAACAUAAUUGCGUAUCAACAACAGCACACCAUUGCCCUAAGCCACGCUGCCGAUUUCUGGAUGAACGCUCAUAAUCAGCUUCUGGAAGUAAGGGGAGAACAACAGCUUUCCGUUGUUGCGUUAAGUCUAAUGUCUGAACGCUUAAAUAUCAUUCAAAGGGUGUUAAUGGAUUUGCAAAAUAUCAUUAUGGGGAGGGAUAGAUGAUGAGAUAAUACUUAAUUCUACAUGUUGACUGUUUUGUUUUUGUUAUCGAUAAUUUUGUAUGCAUGUGUUUAAGUGUUUGUUUUAUAAUCUGAAAGUCAUUCGUUAUUUUUUUGGUACUGAUGGUAUGCUAUUUACUGAUAUUAUACAUUGUGCCAUAUAUUUUGAUAUAUAUUUUGUAACUUCUAACGUUUUAUAAUUGUGUGGGGAAGGCGGAGCAAGCAUUUGUUUCUAAGAGAGAGAGAGAAAAAAUAAUAAAUAAAUAAAAAAAACAAAAAUGACUUCUAAAAGGUGUCGCGAUGAUUCACAUCAUACUGAUGACGAUGAUAAUGAACAAAUAGUAUUAAGACCUAGAACGAAUGAUGAACAGAUACGUACAUUAAUAAGAGAUCAGCUACAAAUGCUGAUGGUCACGGGUGAAAAUACACCUGUCAGCCUAGAACGUCUCAUAAACGAACAAAAUGAAUGGUUAGAAAUGUCUACGGAUGAUAAUGAAAACGAUCAGAUAGGUCGUGGUUCAGUCAGACAGACAAAUGACGAUACUUUGGAGCGUAAUAUGGACCUGAGUGAUGAUGAAAUUCGUAGGUUGGUAACAGAAGGAGGUAAUGUAGAAGACUAUAUCACAAUGCCGCGCCAAAGAUUUAAUGGCGUAGAAAUUCAAAGAACCCUAAAUUUCAGGGAGAUUACGGCAACUACUGAUCUGGCGGCAUAUAACAUCUUGCUACACGAUGCGUUAAAUGAAAUUGUAUUGUUAUCCAGAUUGCUGGCUGGUGAGACGGGAUAUAUUAAUGUAUCUCUAUCGGGAGAGAGCCUCCCUGCCCCCAUUAACGCAGUUUUAACACCUGAUAAUAACCACAAUCCAGAUUUAUUCAUAGACCAGAUCGAGCGUUCCAUGCAAAGUAAUUAAUCCGUGUGCAAUGAUGCGCAACUGACUCUUAAAGUGUCUAUCGUAAGAGAUAAACAGGGCGGAGGACGUAGGAAAUUAUCAGAUUUGGCUCAUAAUGAAGUCAUAAGGAGGAAUAAAAUGAACUUAUUCUGCCCCGUAAAUGUCGAAGACAAUAUGUGCUUUAGUUACUGUUUAGCACAUUUCAUGAAUCCUAAAUCCACCGAUCAGGAAUUGAAAAAAAUAGGGGCCGAUAUACAUAGAGAUGCGGGUUACACCCCACAAAGGAUGAUAGGCUUUAAUGAUAUUUCUGUUUUUGAACGACAAUUGGAUGUGAAAAUCGUUGUCUUUCAUAGGGAUUGGUCUGGAAAUUUAGAAGUGUAUAAAAACUAUGACGAACUACAUCCAAACACGGUUCAUCUAUAUAUUCAUGAUGACCAUUACUAUCUUAUAAAAAAUUUGAAAGAAUUCGUAGGAUCCAACUACGUAUGCGUAUUCUGCUAUAAAGGCUUUGAUGACCGAAGACUCCAUAAAUGCAAAUUUGCAUGCAACGUGUGUAAUAGCUCGGAUUGUCACUCCUAUCCCAAGAGUUAUAGACAAUGCACAUAAUGUCUGAGAUAUUGCAAAUCUAACUUCUGUUACGGCACGCAAAAACAAUCACACAUAUCAGGUGAAAAAUCACAGUGUGAUACUAUAAAAUAUUGUGACAAAUGCUGUAGAUUGUAUUGAUUAACAAAUAAGAACAAAAAACACAAGUAUGUGCCCUCUAAAUGCGUGCAUUGCAAGGAAACUUUGGUGGAAGGUGCCGAACACAUGUGUUUCAUUUAACCUAUCAAAUUGGAUGAACAUGAUGAUAAAUACAUCUAUUAUGACCUUGAGACGAUGCACACAGAUGGAAAACAUGUGCCAAACUAUGCAUGCGCUAUAACUCACAGCGGAGAUGAGUUCACAGCAGAAGGCACAAAUUGUGUGGAGCUUAUGAUUAAGCAUUUUAGACGACCAAAAUAUGCUAAUUACACAUUUAUUGCACACAAUGCCUCUGGAUUCGACGCUCAUAUACUGCUAUUACCAGAGUAGGUCUAGCACCAAAAAUUAUAAUGCAGGGAUGUAAAAUCAUUUCUCAAUCACACUCUGCUUUUAAACAGCGUUACAUAGACAGCUUCAGCUUCCUGCCGAUGGGAUUGGCUAAAACUACCUCUGCGUUCGACCUCGACAUAGAUGAAAAAGGGUUCUUCCCCCAUCACUUCAACAGACCUGAGAAUGUGAAUUAUGUGGGGCCGUAUCCUUCUAAACAUUUCUACGGAUAUAACACGAUGAGUAACUCCGAUCGCGAGAGAUUUGAUGAGUGGUAUAAUUCUGUACAAAACAAAAUUUUCGAUUUCAGAAAUGAGCUAGGAAUAUACUGUCGGAAUGACGUAAUUAUCCUGCGACAGGCAUGUAUGAAGUUUAGAGACGAGUUCAUGAAUUGCGCCCAGAUUGAUCCUUUCAAAUGUUUGACGCUGGCAGGAACUUGCAUGAAAGUUUUUAAGACGAAUUACCUAUGCAGAGAUACUUUGGCAUUAACACAUAACAAUGCAUACAUUAAUCAGUUCAAGACGUACUCCAAUGCAUCGAUACAAUGGUUAGAGUACAUCAAAGAAAGUCGUAAUGUUGACGUGCGUCACGCGCUGAAUUAUGGUGAAGUUCAGUUUGGUCCAUUCCAUCUCGAUGGAUAUUAUGAAAAUAAUAAUCAUAAAGUAGUAUUGGAAUAUUUAGGGUGUUUUUUUCACACUCAUUAUUGUAAAUUUAAUGCCGAUGAUGUCCAUCCUCUGCAUAAAGUGACAUUCGAAAAUCUCAGGCGACAGACUGAAAACAGGCUUCAAACACUGCGUGACGAAAGGCUAAAACCACGAGAUGCGUUGUUUGGGGGAAGGACCAACGCAUUUAAGGUAUAUCACAAAAUCACAGAGGAUCAGAAGAUUCAUUAUUACGAUUUUACUUCCUUAUAUCCCCACGUGCAAUCAUGUAAAACGUACCCCAUAGGACACCCAACCAUAAUUUUUAAAGACUUUGGCCCUAUUGAUGAAUACUUUGGUCUAAUUAAGGCGAAAGUGUUGCCCCCUAGAGGCCUCUAUCAUCCUGUGCUCCCUUUCAGAACCUGUCAGAAGUUAAUGUUCAGUCUGUGUCGUACGUGCGCGGAGGAAGAGAACCAAGCGCGAUGCAGCCACACAGGCGAACAAAGAGCGAUAAGUGGAUGUUGGGUUUCCGUCGAGCUAUCGCGAGCCAUCAAGCAUGGUUAUGUGGUAUUGAAAAUAGACGAAGUCUGGCACUUUCAACAGAAGUCAGACACAUUAUUCGCUGACUAUGUUAAAACAUUCCUCAAGCACAAACAAGAGGCGUCGGGGUUUCCAGCACACAUAGUCACAGAAACUGACAAACAGGCUUAUAUUGAUUCGUAUCUCUUAAAAGAGGGAAUCGAAUUGAGCAUUGACAAAAUUGCUCAUAAUCAAGCAAAACGAGCCACAAGCAAGCUAAUUCUCAAUUCUUUGUGGGGGGAGAUUCUGUCUUCGCGAGCAAUUGCCAAUAACAGAGCUAGUGAGUGAACCGGAGGACUUUGCACGGUUUAGGAUUCAGUAGCUCUAAUACAAUGGACAUACCCUGACAAGCUAGCUUGCGCUACUCGUGACGUCAAUGUGUUCAUAGGAGCCUUCACGACAGCAUAUGCACGUUUGGAGCUUUAUGAUUUAUUGGAUAAAUUAGGCGAACGGGUCAUUUAUGCGGAUACGGACAGUGUGAUUUUUCUGUCUAAAACGAAUGACUGGAUGCCUGAGACUGGAUCUUUUCUGGGUGACCUCACGAGUGAAUUGGAUCCUCACGAUCAUAUAGAAGAAUUCGCUUCGGCAGGACCUAAAAGUUACGGCUUUAGAACUGCGAAAGGGAAAGUAUGCCUCAAGGCUAAAGGCAUUACACUCAACGCUGAGAACGCACAAAUAGUUACGCUGCAAAGUCUGAUAGGGCUGAUUCAGAAUUAUGUGAAAUCACGUGACACGGCGCACCUGCUAGUGCGAACUGAUACCAUUGUGCGCAAUAAGACAAAGCUGACAUUACACAAUAGAUCAAACGUUAAAAGCUUCAGAGUCGUGUACAAUAAACGUGUGCUCCUGCCUGAUUAUACCACUUACCUUAUGGAUUCUAACAAUAUUGUGAAUCAUUGUAAUAUGGAUGAUGCUGAGGACUUUGAUUUUAGAUUGCGUCAUCCUUUUGGCGCUAUUGUAUCUGGACCUAGUAAUUCUGGUAAAACGUAUUUUGUGAAAACUUUGAUGUAUAAUUCACACAAGAUGUGUUCUGUAAAAUUUGAUAAAUAUGUUUUCAUAUAUGCAUGUUGGCAACCGGUUUAUGAUGAAUUAAUGCAUAUGUUUGAUAUUAAAUUUAUUGAUGGUUUACCUGAAUCCCUGAAUUCUUUAUUUCCUGACAAUAAGAAGACCCUUCUCGUAAUUGACGACUUGAUGGACCAUGCAUCUUCUAACGAUGAAGUUGCUCGACUCUUUACGCAGUACAUACACCACAGGUCCAUUUCAGUGUUAUUUCUAAUACAAAACCUGUAUUUCCAGGAGAAGAGUACUCGUACUAUUAGUCUCAACGCGAGUUUUUUAAUUAUUUUUAAAAACCCUCGAGAUAAACAGCAAAUACGUUUUUUAGGGAGACAAAUGUACCCCGGAGAGUCUAAGUUUUUUAUAGAUGUGUACAAAGACGCUACCGGGCGUCCCUAUGGAUAUUUACUAAUAGACUA